GAGCCUUUUCUCACACGUGAAAAACAGCUGUUCUCCAUUCAAUCUCGGACUAAAAUAUGAACAUAGUAAUUGUCAAAUUCUGCGUGAGUCAAGUGAUUACGAAACUGAUUCAACAUAGUGCAUGUUUUUAUUGAAGUGCUAAAAUGUUCAAACGAAUCAAAUUCGUCCUUCCUGGAGGAAUGUUGACUGUCGGAAUAUUUCCAUUCAAGCUUGAUGGUCCUGACUCAGUGGAACAUGAACCACUACAAAAGAUGUAUGAAAAUGCACCCGGGGAUCAUCUCACAGGGAAAGAGAGGAUUUACCAAAUGCUAACACUUGAUGAAUUCGGACGAGUUUCGAGGGAAGCGAAUUCAAUAUACCAAGCAGGAUUUCUUGGGUUUCUAGUAGGAGCAUGUUAUGGAGGAUUCGUACAAUCCCGUAUAGCAUAUAUGGAUUUUAUGGAGAGAAACCAGGCCACCGCUUUUCAAUCUAGUUUUGAUGCGAAAAGAAAACUUCAAGAUCAGGUGACAGUAAAUUUUGCUAAAGGAGCUUUCAAAUGGGGAUGGCGGCUUGCUUUGUUCACUACUAGUUACAUAGGCAUUCAAACAGUCAUUUCGGUGUACCGUGGGAAAUCUUCUAUUUAUGAAUAUCUAAUCGCUGGUGGAACGGCAGGCGCUUUGUACAAAUUUAAAAUGGGUCUUAAAGGAAUGACUAGUGGAGGUAUCGUAGGCCUUACGUUCGGUGGAGUUGCUGGAGUUCUCUCGUUGGCAAUUCUCAAAGCCACCGGCACCACAAUGGAAGAGGUUCGCUUCUGGCAGUACAAAUGGAGAGCAAAUCGCGACAACAUGAUUAAUGAAAGUAUGAAAGCACAAAGUCCAGAGCAGGAUCCGUUGCUGCUAAAUCAUCAUGCAAAAUACGGAGAGUCAAAUAUUUCGUUGAAUCAGUUAGAGGUACCCCCAAUGACACAAGUUAACGAAUCGAACGCGAAAGACAAAAACAAACCUGCGCUUGUGCCAACAGAUGAAACAGCCAAAAUAAAAUAGAUUAAUUCAAAAGGCUGUGAUAUAUACUAAUCUUUAUUUUAUGCUGAACAGAGUCUAAUGCAGUAGUUUUUUGUCAUGUAUUAAAUUCCUAGUAACUGCCUAGGAUUUUUAGCGUUUCGACUGGGUGCCUAGCAGUUUCUCUCUAGCUUGUAAUUGUUCAUGCCUCAAACGAAGUUGCAGCAACCAGGAAGCACCACUUCUAUCAUCAGUAGAGUUUUGUUUUCCUAAGGGUAGUAAACAAUAUUCAAUUGCCGUUUGUGAUGCGAGCUAAGGUAAUAUGUUAUAAAAUGGUUUCAUGAACGAACAA